CUAGCUGCAGAAAUGACACGUGUUUUACAUUCAGCUGUACUAUCUUUAAAUAUAUACAUUGAUAUAUUAGUAUAUCACCCAUAUUGCUGUGCACACUCUUUGCAUUAAAAAAUUGGUAUUCAGGCAGAAUUUUAACGAAUUUCUGAUUGGAACGUGAGCUUUUUACACCGACGAAAAUGAAAUUCUAUCCUGAAGAUAUGACACGUGUUUUCACGGACAGCUGUAUAUACUAAUAGUAAGGCACGUGACUUAAAAUUCCCUUGAAUUGAUGUUAUAUAUUUUACAAAUGUAUUUUGCAAAUUUUGCACAUAUAGGCUCCAAAGAAAGCAAUACGAAUUAGAUGAUAUGUCGACGAUUUAACAGUUCCGAUUCAACACGAAAAACUUUCACAGAUGGAUGUUUGACCAGUCGACCUUCAUAGUAUCUCAAGAUAAAAUAAAUAUUUUUAUCAGCAAUCGCUACCAAUACACGCGCAAUACACUGCACACUAGGAGCUUCUCUCGAGAUAGCGAGUUUGUGUUUGGCACCCAUCCGAACGUCUGCUCGUAUAGAAACAAGAUCAGAAACUGAAUGGAACGAGUGAUAGCAUCAGAUAAAUCGGCCGCUUAACUACUUAUGUUUUUUGGCAAUCAAACUCAUAAUAUAAUUUCCCUCACAACAACCCCUCUUACAUGCACGCGCAUGAGCAAUCCUGUGUCUUGUUGUGUACAUUAGAGUUUAGUGGUCCUGAAACAAAACAAAGACGAUACAUCGGAAAUUGCAGGACCACAUACUGUUAAAGCAAACGUCCCAACCAAGCUAUCUCGCGGAGGACUUAAUUCCUAGAAUUGAUCAAGGAUCAAUAUAUAAGGGAGAAACUAUAACUUAUUCACUCGAAUGAGAGUGCGGAACUUUUUUCACAUGCCCACAAUGCCAAACAAUAUUCAAGUGGACGAUGACUACUUGCUCUUAGAAUCGGUUAAAUCGGGCAAAGAGAAACAAGUGCGGACCAUUUUAUCUGGGGGUAACUACAGGAAUGUAGACUAUAUCGACGGAUUCGGACGCACCGCCCUCCACUGGGCUGCGGAAUAUGGAUACGUGAAUAUUGUGUACUUAUUGGUGGAAAACAAGUGGGACUAUAACGCAACAGACAACAAAUCUCAGACUCCGUUACAUAUUGCCUGUAAUCACUAUGGCAGUGAUAUUGCGUCAUACUUAAUCACGUGUGGAUGUGACGUCAACAUUUUGGACAAUUCUGGCAACAGUCCUUUGCAAAGAGCCAUUCACACAAACUUGGAAGGCGUAGUGUAUCUUAUAUGUGAGCGUGGAGCUAACAUAAAUUCAAAAACAAAAAAUGACUGGACUGCUCUUCACGAAGCAAUACGGGUCGGGAACGAGAAUAUAGUUCGUCGACUACUCAAAGAUGGAGCUGACGUCAAUGCCAUUACUCAGUACAAAGCAACGCCAUUUUCAACAGCCAUCUUUUACUUCCGGAUUUCGCAGAGACAUGCGUAUAAUUGUCUAGACUCUAUAGCCAAAAUGUUGGUGGAUAACGGAAGUCGACUGAGCCAGUGUGACGGACAGUACUCUCCCCUGAUGUCGUGUAUAUCUCUUGGAAACAGUUUCAUUGCUGGACUUCUGUUGUAUCAUGGCUGCCAAAUUCCAACACUGGAUCAGUACGCCGGACGAAGUCCACUCGUGGACGCUUUUACGAGAUGCGAUCCAAAUGUGGUCAAACUGAUGGUCCUAAGUGGUUACCACUUGACCAUCGACGAAGUGGAACAGUGCAAUAGACGUAUUCCAACCUUCUCCAGGUCUUUCAGACGUUUAGCUUUCUCAGGGAUUGAUACCUCAACGAAUGGACUCCAGAUGAUGGCGUGGUUAAAGGAGCGGUCCCACAACCCAGCCUCGCUUUCAGAUAUCUGCCGGUUCAGUAUUCGGCAGUCGCUUAAUAAAGGGUCAGGGGAUACCUCAAUUUUGUCAAAUAUCAGAAAGCUCAUCCUUCCAACGUGUUUGAAAGAGUACAUAGCUUUAGACGAAUUCAGCCACCUUGGUUAAAUGCAGAGAGUGGAUGUAUUUAUGUGUACAAGAGAGUGAUUUAUGAAUACUUGAAUGGAUACUCAUGUCCGUUUUAGUGCAUGGGUGUACGGGCAAAAUACCAAGUUUCCGAACUAUAGAGGGAACUUAAAAAUGAAGCGCUUUAGUAUGUGUGUUUGUACUGUAUUUUAUUUGCCAUGCAAAUCUUGUUCAAUGAACAUGUUUUGUUUUUGUUUAGUCUCUAUAACAACGCCCCCUUCUAUUCAGUGUUCAGUUCCAAUAUUCUUUUGUUAUCUCUUCUACGGGGAUCUUUGCUAGAAAUUCAGAGAAAUCCAACAAUCAAUUAAGACAACCUUGAAGACUUACACCCGGCAAGGUGUCAAAACGCAUGCUUUUAUAUUACUAGGUUCUAUCGCAAAAUGUUGUUUUAUUUAUAUAUGAUUUUUAUUUUUAGAAUAAAGAUGAGGAAAGUUAUUUAUAAAUCUGACUUGUUUUGAAAGAGGAAAUUGCGCUGUACGUAGAGAUGUUUUUGAAGAAAAGGGGGAAAAAAAGAAACCCACGGUCAGGUGAAAACGGGACAGCUGGUGAAGAAUGUUUUAGACGCGAGGAACAGUAUUGGAUUUAGAAGCGAUAAUAGGCAUCGGUGCAUAUAUCUCUCUGCAAACGUUUAAUCUCGUCUUUCUGCACAAAAGUCAGACAGCAGACUAUUCAGUUUGACAAGAAAUAUCUAUAAAAUUAUAAAUGCUUGUAAACAGCACAUGAAUAAACUAUUUAAACUUUUUUUUCUCACAACCAAAAUUUUUUUUUUCGUCAUAAAGCUAUACCUUUUACAAUUCCAAGAAGGAAAAAAUCUGCUGCAAAGACCCUACUGACGUGCAAGUGAACGGGGAUUUAAGUGGGUUAUUUUGACAUAGACAGUGUUUCAAAUGACAUUUAAUUGUUGAAAAGAAAAAAGGAAGACACAAAUUGCUUCGUGUUUCGAAGGCGAUAUAACUUGAAGAGAUUUUUAUUAUUUUAAGAAUUUAGACACUGAUGCUGUAAUGCGUUUCAGUGUUGCAUCUGGAAUCUAAAACAUUCUAUUGUCUCUUUUUUCAACAAUGCAACAAAUGCACUAGAAGUCAAAAAGCAUGUACGUUUAUGCAUUAACACAUUAAAAAUCUUUAUAAAACCAGUUACAGGUGCAAGCUUACAAGUUUAUUUUUUAUUCUACAUUAAAAAUGGACUAGUGAAUGAAUUGGUGAAUUAACUUCAGUUCGACUCGCCAAGUUUGAUUCAACUAUUAUUUAGACAUAUAGGCUAAACGUAAAAUGGGGGAAAAUAUCGAAAUAUAACACCCCCCCCCCGGCCGAAAAUUUACAAGAUAACAAGAAAUUACUGGACGGGGAGGGAAGUAACGGGAAUUCGGGGUGGUGGGGGUGAUAGCCGGGUGGGGAGGGAGGAGAUGUUUGUAAAAGUGACUCGGAAGCGAACUUUACACAUCAAAUUAGGGAAAUUGUUUCCCUAUCUUGCGGUGAACUAGAAUUACUUCCCAAAAGACUGUUUAGAUAGACAAACCGAAUAAAGAGGGAAUUCUAAACUAAACAAGAAGUUAUGUCAUCUGUCCAAAAAAAUCGAAACGUUCUGAUCUAUAGUUGGAAUAGUUCAAUACUUUUCACAGACACCUCGUCUUAUAAAGAUACUGUAUGAUCGAUAAAUAUGGAUCGACUAUAAGAAAAACACAAAGCGAAACACGUGCAUUGCAUAUUGUGCAUGUGUAAAUCUACAACAAAGAGUCGAUUGUCACGUGAUCGUUUGGUUAACCACUUUUCUGGAAUAUCUUUAAAAAAUUGAAGCAACCAUGCAGCCAAAUCCUCUUCAAUUGCGUUUUAAACAAAAUUAAACCCCUCGAAUUUCAAAUCAACAUUUUCUCCUUCUUACAAUUACCUAUAGAUUGGAAUGUAAUGAAAUU